AUGCUAGAUCUAGCACCUCACGAAGGCAUCACCGUCUCGACUGAUAUCCAUACGUAUCUGCGUGGCCCGCGCGAGCGUACUCGCGGACUUAAAGAAUGGGUGACCGCCAUGGACACGCUCGUGCUUGUUGCUGCAAUGAGGGCUCAGACGCCGACGAGGACGUUUGCUGUGAAAUAG